UGUAGUUGAGCGUGCCAAGCCGCGGCCUCCUCCCGAGCUCCACCCGACUCCCGGCGUCUGAGCGAGCCUCACUGUUGGCGAGCAGCAGCAGCCAUGGCGAAGAAGCAAGAGCAAGAGUUCGAGCGGUACCUGUAUGGCGACAAGAAGGAAGUCCUGAAGAUCCGUUCGCAAGCGUUUGACGCGAAGAAGGCGUGUUUCGUGGCGGAUGACAAGGACGUGUGGAUCGAUGGCGAGAUUCAGGCCACCAAGGACAAGAUGGUCACCAUCAAGACGUCCAACGGAAAGACUGUGACGGUGAAGGAGGAGCUGGUUCAGCAGAUGAACCCGCCCAAGUUCGCCUACUGCGAGGACAUGGCCAACAUGACGUACCUGAACGAGGCCUCCAUCCUCAACAACCUCAAGAUGAGAUACUACCACCAGCUCAUCUACACGUACUCCGGUCUGUUCUGCGUGGUGAUCAACCCGUACAAGCGGCUGCCGAUCUACGGCGCGGACGUGGUGGCGCUGUACAAGGGGAAGCGCAGGACGGAGGUGCCGCCGCAUCUCUUCGCGGUCUCCGACAACGCCUACACCAACAUGCUGCAGAACAACGAGAGCCAGUCCAUGCUGAUCACCGGCGAGUCCGGAGCCGGUAAGACGGAGAACACCAAGAAGGUUAUCGCCUACUUCGCCAACGUAGCGGCUCUAUCCAAGGAGAAGAAGGCCGAGAAAAAGGCUACUCUGGAGGAUCAGGUCGUGCAGACCAACCCCGUUCUGGAGUCCUUCGGUAACGCCAAGACCGUCAGGAACAACAACUCCUCCCGUUUCGGUAAAUUCAUCCGGAUCCACUUUGGGUCCAACGGGAAGCUGGCUGGUGCGGACAUCGAGAAUUACCUUCUCGAGAAGUCUCGCGUGAUUUCCCAGCAAAGUGCCGAGCGUGCGUACCACAUCUUCCUGCAGCUGACGUCCAAUGCGUUUCCGCAGCUCACUGAACAACUGCUGCUGAUUCCUGACGCUAAGCAGUACUACUACUGCUCCCAGGGCCACACCGAAAUCCCCGGCGUGGACGAUGCGGAGGAGAUGCGUCUGACUGACGAGGCAUUCGACAUCCUGGGGUUCUCCCAGACGGAGAAGAACGACGUGUACCGCCUCACGGCCGGCAUCAUGCACUUCGGCAACUUGAAGUUCAAGCAGAGGCCGCGAGAGGAGCAGGCAGAGUGCGACGGCAUGGAGCAUGCUGAGAAGACGUCUCACCUGUUCGGCGUCUCCAGUGCGGAGAUGACGAAGGCCCUGCUGAAGCCUCGGGUCAAGGUGGGGAACGAGUACGUGGUGAAGGGCCAGACGGCCGAGCAGUGCUCCUACUCCGUGGGCGCGCUCUGCAAGGCCAUCUACAACAGGCUGUUCUCCUGGCUAGUUAAGCGGCUGAACACCACGCUGGACACCAAGAUGCAGCGGCAGUACUUCAUCGGCGUGCUGGACAUCGCGGGUUUCGAGAUCUUCGAGCUGAACAGCUUCGAGCAGCUGUGCAUCAACUUCACCAACGAGAAGCUGCAGCAGUUCUUCAACCACCACAUGUUCGUGCUGGAGCAGGAAGAGUACAAGCGGGAGGGCAUCCACUGGGAGUUCAUCGACUUCGGCAUGGACUUGGAGGCCUGCAUCUCCCUGAUUGAAAAGCCCCUGGGUAUCAUGUCCAUCCUGGAGGAGGAGUGCAUGUUCCCCAAGGCCACGGACAUGACGUUCAAGGCCAAGUUGUACGACAACCACGAGGGGAAAACCGCCAACUUCCAGAAGCCCAAGCCAGGCAAGAGGAAGUUCGAGGCUCACUUCGCCAUCGGACACUACGCUGGCGUGGUUCCCUACAACGUGAUUGGUUGGCUGGAGAAGAACAAGGAUCCAAUCAACGAGACGGUUGUGGAAUGCUACAAGAAAUCCGCCUUGGCGCUGAUGGUGGACCUGUUCGCAGACUACGUCAGCGCGGACGCAGGUAAGCCACCAAAGAAAGGAAAAGGCAAGAAGAGCGCCGCUUUCCAGACUGUUUCUGCAUUGCAUCGGGAACAGCUGAACAAGUUGAUGACCACCCUGAGGAACACCUUCCCUCACUUCGUGCGCUGCAUCAUCCCCAACGAGACCAAGUCUGCCUUCGUCAUCGACUCUGUGUUGGUGAUGCACCAGCUGACCUGUAACGGUGUACUGGAGGGCAUCAGGAUCUGUAGGAAGGGUUAUCCCAACAGACUGCCUUACGGGGAGUUUAAGCAAAGGUACCAGAUCCUGGCUCCACAGGUUUUGAAAGGAGGCUUUAUGGAAGCCAAGGAGAUCAGCAAGAAGAUUCUGGAGGCGAUCGACCUGGAGAAGACCAAGUACGCCAUCGGACACACGAAGGUGUUCUUCAAGGCCGCGGUGUUGGGUUACCUGGAGGAUGUGCGAGACGAUCGUCUGAGCCAGAUCAUCAAGAACAUCCAGGCCCGCGCCAGGGGUAGGUUCCAGCGGGGCAAGUUCCGUAAGCUGGUGGAACAAAGGGAGGCCAUGUACACUCUGCAGCGGAAUAUCCGGAAAUGGCUAGGGCUGAGGGAAUGGAUGUGGUGGAAGCUGUACACUAAAAUCAAGCCGCUGCUGCAGGGCGCCCGGCAGGAAGAGGAGCUGCAGAGGAAGCUGUCCGAGAUGAAGGACAUGGAGGAGCGGCUGGCCAAUGAGGAGAGACUUCGCAAAGAGCUGCAGGAGAAGUGCGUCACCCUCACUCAGGAGAAGAACGACCUGGUGGUCCAGCUGCAAGCGGAGCAAGACGUUGUUGCGGACUCUGAGGAGAGGAACGCCAUGCUGAUCAAGAGCAAGGCUGACCUUGAGGCGCAGCUGGAGGAGGUCAAGGAGAACCUGGAGGAGGAGGCGGAGGCCGUCGCCUCUCUUAACGGCAAAAAGCGGAAACUCGAGACCGAGUGCAGCGAGCUCAAGAAAGACGUGGAGGACCUGGAGCGGAACCUCGCUAGGUCUGAGAAAGACAAGCGUGCCGUGGAGAACCGGGUGCGUGCCAUGUCAGACGAACUCGCGGAAGCCGAGGAGAACAUGAAGAGGCUGGCUCGGGACAAGAAGAAGCUAGAGGAGCUGCAAGCGCAAACUCUGGAUGACCUUCAAUCCGAGGAAGACAAGGUCAACCACCUGACCAAGAACAAGGUCAAGUUGGAGCAGCAGAUUGACGAGCUGGAAAGCCUGGUGGACACUGAGAAGAAGAUCAAACUUGACCUGGAACGCGCCAAGAAGAAGCUGGAGGCCGACCUGCGCCAGACGCUGGACUCCCUGCAGGAGACGGAGCGCGCUAAAGUCGAGCUGGAGGAGAAGCUGAAGAAACGCGACUUCGAGCUGAACGCCGUCCAGACGAGACUGGAGGACGAGCAGAGUCUCGUGGCGCAGCUGCAAAAAAAGAUCAAGGAACAACAGGGGCGCAUCGAGGAGCUUGAAGAGGAGUUGGAGAGCGAGCGCAACGCCCGUGCGCGUGCAGAGAAGGCUCGCCACGACAUGCAGCGGGAGUUGGACGACAUCGGGGACCGUCUGGAGGAGCACAGUGGCGCUACUCAGCAGCAGGCCGAGCUGGCAAAACGCCAGGAGAACGAGAUCGUCAAACUCCGCAGGGAACUGGAGGAGGUCCAUGCGGCGGCGGACAACAACGUGGCGGCGACCCGUAAGAAGCACACGGAACAGGUAGCGGAGAUGAACACGCUGAUCGAGAACCUGCAGCGCGUCAAGGCCAAGCUGGAGAAGGAGAAGAACUCCCUCCGCAUCGAGGUGGACGACAUUUCCGGCAACAUGGAGCAGGUCACCAAGCAAAAGGUGAACCUUGAGAAGCGAUGUCGCCAGCUGGAGGAGGGGAUGAACGAGGCGAACAUUCGCGCGGACGAGCUGACGCGCCAGAUGCAGGAGGUGUCGGCCCUCAAGUCCCGCCUGCUGUCAGAGAACAGCGACGCCGUGAGACACCUGGAGGAGUCAGAGACGCAGUGCAACCAGCUCAGCAGGACCAAGAGCAUGCUGUUGCAGCAGAUAGAAGAGCUGAAGCGCCAACUGGAGGAGGAGAUCAAAGCCAAGAAUCACUUGAACCACCAGCUGCGCGCCGCCCAGCACGACUGCGACACCUUCCGGGAACAGUGGGAAGAGGAGCAGGAGGCCAAGUCCGAGAUGCAGCGGUCCCUCUCCAAGGCGCACACCGAGGUGGCCACCUGGCGCUCCAAGUACGAGACCGACGCCAUCCAGAGGACUGAGGAGCUGGAGGAGGCCAAGAAGAAGCUGGCUGCCCGCCUUCAGGAGAUGGAGGAAAGAGUCGAGAUAUCAAAUUCUAAAUGUAGCAGUCUGGAAAAGACCAAGAACAGGCUUGCCGCUGAGGUCGAGGACAUGAUGAUAGAACUGGAGAAGGCCAACAGCGUGGCAGCCCACCUCGAGAAGAAACAGCGCAUGGUGGACAGGAUCAUCGCAGAGUGGCGGACGAAGUGCGAGGAGGUCAAUCUGGAGCUGGAGGACUCUAAGAAGGAGAUCCGCGUCUACAUGGCGGAGAACAUGCGGCUCAAGACGGCUCACGAAGACGCUCUGGGCGCACUGGAGGAACUCAAGAAGGAGAACAAGCAGCUCAGCGACGAUCUGCACGACGUGAACGACCUUCUCGCGGAGCACGCUAAGAACGUGCACGAGCUGGAGAAGCAGAAGCGGCAGAUGUCGGUGGAGAUGGAGGACCUGCGGACGGCUCUGGAGGAGACCGAGGGCGCGCUGGAGGUGGAGGAGGCGAAGGUUCUCCGCACUAACCUGGAACUGUCUCAGCUGAAGUCUGACAUCGAUAGGAGACUGGCGGAGAAGGAGGAAGAGUUUGAGACUUCAAGAAAGAACCACCAGAGAGCCAUCGAGAGUCUCCAGUCCACGCUUGAGGUGGAGGCGAAGGGCCGCGCCGAGGCCGUCCGCGCCAAAAAGAAGAUCGAGGCCGACCUGAACGAGGUCGAAGUUCAGCUGGACGCGGCCAACAAGGCGAACGCCGAGGCCAGGAAGCAGCUGGCAAAGUACCAGAACCAGGUCCGGGAGAUGCAGGUGACCAUCGACGACGAGCAGCGCAUGCGCGAGGAGAUGCGGGAAUCGCUGUCGUCACUGGAGCGGCGCUGCAACAUGCUGACUCAGGAGCUGAACGAGACCCGGAUGUCGCUGGAGCUGGCCGAGAGGAACAGGAAGAUCGCUGAGGCUGACGCGCACGAGGCGAUGGACCGUGUUGGGGAGCUGAGCACGCAGAACGCGGCGCUCGUCACGGCCAAGCGCAAGUCGGACAGCGAGAUCCAGCAGCUACAGAACGAGCUGGAGGAGCUGGCCAGCCAGGCCAGGGACAUGGAGGAGAAGGCCAAGAAGGCCAUCUCAGAGGCCGCGCGCAUGGCUGACGACCUCCGGCAGGAACAGGACAGGACAGCUCAUCUUGAGAAGAUCAAGAAGAAUCUGGAGGAGAACCUUCGAGACUUCCAGCGUCGCCUGGACGAGGCGGAGACCAUCGCACUGAAGGCCGGGAAACGCCACCUGCAGAAGCUGGAGACUAGGGUGCGCGAUCUUGAGGCAGAGCUAGAUGCCGAGCAGAGGCGCCACCAGGAGACGCUGAAGAACCUGAGGAAGAACGAGCGCCGUCUUAAGGAGAUGACCUUCCAGUCGGACGAGGACCGCAAGAACCAGGAGCGCCUCCAGGAGCUGGUGGAGAAACUGCAGCUCAAGAUCAAGACGUACAAGAGGCAGUCUGAGGAAUCGGAGGAGAUGGCGAACGUGAACUUGGCGAAGUACCGGAAGACGGUGCACGAGCUGGAGGACGCCUCGGAGCGCGCCGAGAUCUCCGAGUCCGCGCUGGCCAAGCUGCGCGCCAAGUUCCAGGCCGGACAGUCCGCACACACCAGCGGCACAAAGGUUCCUAAGAAGCCAUUCGAGGAGCCCUAGAGACUGGUCGAAACGCCUGACACAUGCACGGAAACGGACCAUGCAACGGAAAAGGCCAUACCCACCGACCGACGAGCGCUUUCUGCAUUUGGACACCAGUGCCUUUAAGCUGCUGAAGAAUCCCGCUAGGGCCACCGAUAUGGCCACGUAGCAUUCGUACCGAGAACGUCGCUAAUAUUUUCUGUUCUAUCUUUGGUGCUUUGUGAUUUCUUUGAUUUGCCAUUGAUUUCAAGACUUUGUUAUCGCUGCACUGAUAGACAUGAAUAAAUGCUUCCUAUGA